AUGGCGAGUUCGGCCCGAGAACAUCUGCUUUUUGUGCGACGCCGCAACCCGCAGCUGCGGUAUACCCUGAGCCCGGAGAAUCUGCAGAGUUUGGCGUCUCAGGGCACCAUGGCUGAGAACAUGAACUUGCAGCGUGCCAACAGCGACACGGAUUUAGUGACCUCGGACAGCAGGUCCAGUCUGACAGCCAGUAUGUAUGAAUACACCUUGGGGCAAUCGCAGAACCUCAUCAUUUGCUGGGAUAUUAAGGAAGAAGUAGACCCGACUGACUGGAUAGGACUUUAUCACAUAGAUGAGAACUCUCCAGCCAAUUUCUGGGAUUCCAAGAACCGCGGAGUGACUGGCACGCAAAAAGGACAGAUCGUCUGGCGAAUUGAACCUGGGCCCUACUUUAUGGAAUCUGAAAUAAAGAUCUGUUUUAAAUACUACCAUGGUGUUAGCGGAGCCCUCCGAGCUACAACCCCAUGUAUCACUGUGAAAAACCCUGCUGUGAUG